AUAAUAAUAAUAAUAAUAAUAAACAACGCUAGACAAUAAGGUGUGCAGUAGCCAGGGGUUCGGAGUUGGGAUGCGGGCAAAUGCUCCUCACAUGACUGGACUUCCAGGAACUUGCUGUGGCUGCCGCGCUACUUCUCUUCCAGGAUGACUGCUGUCGCCCCCCUGGAACACAGCACGGUGCCCAGGGAGUUACAGUUUAAGGUGCUGGUCAUCGGGGAGUUCGGCGUAGGGAAAACUGCAGUCAUCAGGAGGUACACAGAGGGUCACUUCAGCCCUUACUACAAACUGACCAUUGGUGUGGACUUUGCAGUGAAAACUCUGGACUGGGAUGCCAAGACCAAAGUUACAGUGCAGCUUUGGGACAUUGCCGGACACGAGAGAUUUGGCCACAUGACUCGUGUGUAUUAUAAAUAUGCUGUAGCAGCCGUGGUAGUGUUUGACCUCUCCAGACCUCCGACAUUUGAUGCUGUGCUAAAGUGGGUGAGUGACAUUCGAGAGAAGGUAACAUUGGGUGAUGGCCGCCCACUGCCUGUCCUGCUGCUGGCCAACAAAUGUGAUAUUGACUCCAUCACCAUACACCCUGAUGUGAUCUCAAACUUCUGCAAGCAACAUCACAUUGAUGCCUGGUUCCUCACUUCAGCCAAGGAAGACAUCAACAUAGGAGAUGCCAUGAAGUGGCUGGUAGGCCGCAUCUUAGAAGUUCGGUCAAGUUCCCCAGCUCCUGCCCCAAUGGUACGUCCACUGGCCCCAGAGGAUCCUCCAGAGAAGGCCCCUACCUACUGCUGCAGGUGAACAAAGCAUAUCAGCAAAUUGGUCACAAGCAGCAGAUGGUAUGGUGUCUCGCUGAACAGUCUUUGUGAUGCUGUUAAGCACUGAUUAGCCACCCUUGCCGUGGAAACAGUCCUGCAGAGACACCGUGCUGGAGCAGAGCCAUGCAACACUGCCAUGUGGGGCUCAUGCUGGUGCAAUGAGGUACUUAAGAUCCUGAGAAAUGGAGGCUGCUGGAAUAGAUUUUAGUUACAUGUUUAUUUUUCUCGACUCAAUCCAUCCCAUGCUCUACAUCGUAAAACGUGUAGUAGCAUGAUUUUUCUUUCAUUUGUUUUAAAAAAAUUUAUUCUGUUUUGUGUUGUCUAGUCAACAAAGACAUAGAUUUAUGUACUGUGUAUGAUUUUUUAACAGAGAUGCAGUAUUUUGUAACUGAUGCCUGAUUAGAGCAACUGUUAUUGAAUUUUAUUUUUAAGUUUAAUUAUUAAGUAGAAUAUGAAUUGUUCCUGAUUUGUUGAGGAUUUAGCCAAGAUAUUAUUUGUGCAGCGGUGUAAGGAUCAUGUUUGUUAAGUGCCUGAUCAAGACCUUGUCCGUCCAUUGUCUAGUUAUUGUGGGAGCUUUAGGCUGCUUCAUGCUGCCCAAGGACCACAUAAGUUUUUCAUGAGUCUUUCAGUAACUUUUUGGGAGUACACCUACCCAUUGUCUGUUUGGGUUUUGUACUCAUUGUGGUGUUUUUACUAUAACUAAUGGAGCAAUAUGGUUUGGUGCAACCUUUCCUAAGUUCCUUAUCCAGGGUGGGAUAUGGAACAGUGAGUAAUUAAGCUUGGGAGAUUAUAUCUGUUGAACCCCAUCAUUCUCAUCUAUUUCCUUAAGUAAUUUCAUAACCAAAGUUGCCUCAAAUUUAACCAUUUAUUGAUUCUUUGCAAGGAAUUAUAAAUGGUCUUUCUCCCAAUAAUUUAUCUCUCUGGCAGCAAUACUAUUCAACUCAGUGGUGAUUCUGGGUAUUGUUGUACCACUGGUUAGUAAAAUGGAGAUGAUACUGUACUCAUAGUACAGUGGAAUAAUUUUUCCUUCAUUACAUCUCUGACUUGGGAUCAUCUUUUAAGAGAGGGACUGGUGGGUGGAUUGAUGGUGGUAUUGGUGAAAUCCAAACUUGUAAGGGAUAAUCUGGUCAUCCAGCAUCAAGUAUAGUGAGUGGCCAUUCUUCUCGUCCUCCAGUAGAACACCUAUUACAUUUAAAUACCUUGCAAGCUUCCAAUUUACCAAGCCUCCUUUAACUACAUUUGUGGUGUUUUUGUAUCAUAUCCAUCCCACUUCCCUCUCACAAAUAGCAUGACUUGGUAAGGAACUGUAGGGACCUCAACUUGAAUUAUUAGACAGAUGUACACAGAAUUUGAACUUUCACUGCUGAUAUAUAUAUAUAUAUAUAUAUAUAUAUAUAUAUAUAUAUAUUUUUUUUUUUUAUUUACUUAUUUAUUUAUUUUUUUAUUCUGGAGACCCAAUCAUUAUAUCAUUUAUUACAAAAAAGAUUGUCUAAAGGGACUAAUUUUGGCCAAGAAUUUGUGCAAAAAAAGUAGCUUGAGCUUUGAAGCUGGCUAUCAGUGAGCUUACUACUUUCAGGAAGCAAAAACACAGUAUGAAAAUGGCUGUAACAUAAAUACAUUCCUGCUCUUGUGAUAUUGUAUUUAGAGAAUAUGAGUUUCCCCCCCCCCAGGUGAGGCAGCAUUACAUAAGUGUGAUGCCUUUGAAGGAAAUUGUUAUCAACCCUGCACAUGCUCAGAACACGAAAGUUGUCCUACCAGUGUGGAUCUACUUUCUCUGGACCUCACUUUCCAGCUAAUGCCUUAAAUUGUUGUCUUUGUAAGGGAGAAGAACUUGGACAAACUUCUCUCUAAAGUAAUUUAAUGAAAGACUACUACAAUUCAUGCCACAUCCUUGCACUGUCCUCUUUGCCAACUCAGUGUGUGUGAGAGAUGAAUUUUGUCAUCAACUUUUUAAUUUUUCUGCAGCUGAGAGUUUUUAGAAUGGGAAUCGACAACUAUUUUAUAUGCAUGAUCCUAGGAUGUCAUAGCAUGUAUGGAGUGCAGGUAGUGAAGGUUCCUAAUGCUGUUUGAGGUUCCUUUUUAUCACAAUUACCUUGCACUGCUCAUUUUGGGGAAAUUUAAUAACUGAAAAAAUAAUAAUGCUGUUGAAGAUGUUGGCAACAAGUGAGAAUAUAGAUAAAAACUAAGCAACCAUACAUGAGAGCCAACUUUGUUUGUAUUUUGACUUUUCUCUCGUUUUCCAGCUAUACAUUUUAUCGCUCAAAAAAGAUUAUCACAUGUAUAAUUAUAUUUUUAUAUCUUUUAAUUUGUUUUUUUGGUUCAGUGUAGCUGAAAUGAUUGUGUGUGUUGCUGAUGAGUUCCAGAUAUGUGUGAUUGUGUUCAGAUAUCCCAAUCUGGUCACUGUUGGAGUACAAUGUCAUGUAGAUUAGUUCUCAGUAUUUCUCAAUAUUAUAUGACAUCUUAAUUUUUCUCCAUGGCUUAUGUAUUCGAGAAUACAUUUUAUUCCUUGUUAGAGCUGAUCAGGUCAGUCUCUGCUUGUAGUCAUAUUAAUAUUUAAAAAGUUAUGUAUUAUGUUUUUAAAUCUCACUCUAAGGAAUUCCUUCAUGGAAGGCCUAUAUAUCCAUGUUUACUGUUUUAGAUUGUUGAUUCUCAUUUUAUCAUAAAUGCUUCUAGAACAGUUAAAUUUUACACCUAAUAGAAAAUUUGCUUUCAUGCAUUGUAUAUUGAAAACUGCAACAGUGGCACAAGCUUGCAAUAUUUAAUAUUAAUGGCAAAAUACUGACAUUUUACUGUGGACAGCAUAGUUGGAAGAAAAUAUGAAUACUUUGUGCUUGAAUCUUGCUACCAGGAACUUGGUAAUGGGCCCAUAAUUUUUAUCCAUGUAUGGUCUUUGGCAGCUCCUAUGUUCUUGUCAUUUUCCUAUUGGAAAGGAGUAAUAAAUUGUGGAAACGAA